AUGAAUGAUACCAAUGAAUGGAGCUUUUCAUUAUGGGAUGAAUCCUUGGAUUUUGAGGAACUUUACAAAAGCGAAAGUGAAAGUGAAACAACGAUCUGUCAGGAAUAUGAGAAACCACCAAAAAAUCAAUACAAUCCGUUUAUUCUUUGCAAAAUGAAUUCUUUUAAGAAGAAGAGGUCACUGAAAUUAUUCACAAAGUGUAUGAAAGUCAAAUCCAAUAAAAUUUUAAAAUCCCCAAGCCCAUCGUCAUUAAAUUGGGACUUUGAACAUAGAUGGAUUCAACGAAGAGGUUUUCCUAGUGAGGUUUUGAUCGAAGGGUUUUGUAAAAAAAUUGGUACUCAAAGUUAUCAAUUAUUUGACUCUAGUUUAAAAGAGUGGUACAUAAUUAGUAAUUCACGAAAAUAA